AUGUCGUCAAGCACAACACCUCUAUCAUACAAGAAUAUAAUGGGAAAUCCCGAAUAUCAGAACUUCGAAUUCACUGUCAAUUGGAUUUUUCUCUGUGUCGUUGUAAUGGUCUGUUACAGUAUUCCUCCUAUUGUGGUAUUUGGAAGAAUUGCAUUUUUCUUUUUCACCAAAAAGAGUAAAAUCAAGAAGAAUGUGUUGCGAAUUGAGAUUUUCUAUUCGUUUCUUCUGAUGCAAUUCUGGAAUAUUGUGUUGGUUUUUGCGGAUUUUGCAAUGUUUCGAAUGCCCUAUACAACCAUUUUCACAAGGUAUUGUGCAGCUGAAAACCCUCAAACUCUGCUGAAAUGCAUCGUCUUCGUAUACUUCUGGGCAGCUUAUGCAUUUCAACUAUUCACAGUUUUAUUCUGUGCCCUGCGAGUGGCAAUACUGUAUUUGGUGUCAAAGAAUACAACUGAAAGGAUAAUGCAAGUCCUUCCUCCAAUCAUUAUAAUCUUCGGGCUUGCAGCCGCUCUACCUCAUUUUUCAACUGAUGCAUAUUGUAUGCAGUUGGUGGAACCAUACAUCUAUGGAUCCGUGCUCAUUAUCUCAAAAUUCCACUCAAUGAAUUCAGUUAGUUUAGAUUCUAACCGAAAUUGGUAA